AUGUCUGCUAUUGAAACAAAUAAACUUGAUGAUAAUGAUGAUCUUCAAUCUCGACGAAGUUUAUCAGAACAAACACAAUCAAUGAAUAGUAGUGUACAACAAACUAACUCUGAUGAUCAUGUAUCAGCAUGGAUCAUCGAUAAUGAAGAGAAACCAUCACAAGACUUAAAACGCAUUACAAAACCCAAACAACUUACUCAAAUACCAAAAAUUCAAAAUUCAAAAAAGUUAUCAAAAUCUAUGGUUAUUACAGAUAAUAAAUCAUCAUCAAUACAACGAAGUUCUUCAAUAAAACCACUUCAAUCAAUGGCGCCUAUUCUGCCGAUUGGUCGUCGUGUAGUUCAAGGUAUUUUAGUUCGAUUUUUUCGUAAUGGUGAUGCAUAUCAUCCAGGUGUUAAAGUUUCAAUAAAUGAAUUAGAAAUUAAAUCUUGGGAAGCAUUUCUUAAUUAUCUUAAUCGACAACCAAAACUUACUCUAUUAUCUGGAGGCAUUCAACAUGUUUAUUCUCUUAAUGGUCGAGAGAUUCGUUCACUUGAUAAAUUUCAAAAUCGUCAAUCUUAUAUUGUUGCAUCAGGAAUAUUUAUUAAAACAAAUUAUCAUCAUAUCAGUGAUACAUUUAAUGAUGAUUCGGAUGUACGUCUUAAUCAACAAAAACAAUUUACAAAUGGAAUUAAACGAUCAUCAGAUAUAAAACCAUGGUAUUCAUCAUCAAUCAAUGGUGAACAACUCUAUAUAUUACCAUAUUCUCGUUUGAAUAUAUAUGAAACUAUGAUAUUGAAUCGAAAUUUAAUAAUCAAAUUUGAUCAAUGGUUAAAUGAAGAAGUAACAGAUUUACUUUUGCAUUAUAUUAGUAAUGAUAUUAUAACACAUUUAUAUGCAAUAACAAAAUUUGCAUUUAUUGAAAUAAAAAGUUUUUCACAUUUAUUUAAUACACUUAAAAUUACAGAUAGAUUUAUCGCAUGUACAGAUACAGAGUUUCAACAUUCAAAACGUUAUUUACCAACAAUAAGACCUAGUGAUUUCUUUGUUAAUAGUCUAUUGCCAAAAAAAUCAAUGAAUGAUUUUGAAAAAUAUAUUUCUAAACAAGAUGUAAAAUUAUCUAUUAGUUGGAUUUAUGGUUACGCUGGUAACAACGAGAGAACAAAAAUCCUUUAUACUCUAUCUGAAAAUGAAAUACUUUAUGUUAUCAAUUCAAUAUGUAUUUUAUAUGAUCCUGAUUCAAAACAACAACGAUUUUAUACUAAACACAAUAAUCCAAUAACUUGUGUCACUAUUCAUCGAUGUAAUUCAUUCGUUGCGUCAAGUGAAACAAUUUCAUCAAAAGAUCGUCCUUAUGCUUCAGUACACAUUUGGAAUCACAUGAAACUUGAAACAAUAGCUGAAUUACGUAAAGAACAAUUUGGUUCUGAUAUAUCUCUAUUAUCAUUUUCACCUAAAUCAGAUGAUAAUUUCAUUCUUAUUGUUUCACGUGAUAAACCAAAAAUUGUUUUAUUUAUUGAUUGGAAACGUAAUGAAAUAAUCUACAGUAUUACAACUAAAUCUGAAAAAAUCCUCUCGGCAUUAUUUAUCUUUAAUACAAAUGAAUGGAUCGUAUGUAUAAGUCAACAAUAUUUAAUAUUUUAUCGUAUUAAUUGGAAUUCAAAACCAUUAAAAAUUGCAGUACAACGAGAAUCAGAAGUUCAAAAUAUUUAUACAGGUGCAGUUGCAUGUGAUAAUAGCGGUGAAAAUUUGAUUAUUGGUGAUAAAAUUGGAAGUGUACACGUCUGGUGUUUAAUUAAUAAUGAACCAAAAUUAGUAGCUGUUAAAGAAAGUAUUUUAGAGAAUGAUGUGCAUAUAAUUGUAUUUAUUAAUGAAGAAGUCUUUCUUCUUGCUGAUGGACAAAAUCAAAUGAUACUUUGGAAUGUUAAAUUAAAUACAAUUAAACACAUAUCAUUAAAGGAUACUUUUGGUACCAUUCAAUCAAUUUGUUCUAUUCGACGAGGAUUAGCCAUUGGAACAAAAUUAAAUUAUAUACUUCUGAAAGAAUUUGAUACCGAGCAACUUAACGUUAUUAUGCGAGGACAUACAAGUCCAUCGAUAUGUAUAUGUUCGAAUAAAAAUACAAAUUAUUUCUUUUCUAUAAGUUCUGAUCGAUAUCUAUUUAAAUGGAAUAAUAGAACAAGAUCCGUUGAAUGGUCAAUUAAAUCUCCGCAAUUAAUUUCAUGUGCAGCUUUACAUCCUCAAAGAAAUAUUAUUGUUCUUGGCACUGAAACAAGAAAAUUACUUAUCUAUGAUACUUUAUCUUCAUGUUAUAUAACAACAAUUGUAUUAAAGAUUAAUACUGGUGUAAAAACAGUUCGAUUUUCACCAGAUGGUGAAGAUUUAGCUGUUGGAUUACAAAAUGGAAUGAUUUGUAUAUUCAAUGUAUUAGGUAAUGGAGAUUUUAACUUUCGAGCAGAUGGAAUAUCGCAGAUUAAUAAUGCAUUCAUAACUGAUAUUAUAUGGUCAGUUGAUUCAGCUUAUCUUCUUGCGAUUUACAGUAACAAUAAUUAUAAUAUUUGGUCAAUACCAUCGUUUGAUAUUGUACGAGAACAAAAUAUUCAACAUAUUCAAUGGUAUCAAAUGACACAUCCAAUAUCUUGUAAUACAAUCGAUAAAUCAUUUGUUGAAAUGCAUACAUCGGCAAUUAUGUUAUCACCUAAUCUUGUUCUUUGUUCUGGUAAAGAUGGUCAAAUUCGUUUAUUUCAAAAUUUUCAUAAACGUAACAUUCGAACAUUACAACUUGGUCUUGAUUCUAUUCAAUGUAUGAUACCAUCUACAAGCAAUAAUACAUAUCUCUUAGCAAUACAUAACAAUCCGGCUAUUGUUGAAAUUCAAUUAAAUAUUUAA